UUUAAAACUUGGGCCCAUAACUAGGCUGAGCCGAAAUCUACCUUUUGGUUUUUGGGCUUUAGCCCAAAUCCAACUUGUCAGUUUGGACGAGCCCAUAUCCAAUUAAUUAAAAUUAUCCAAAAGGGGUAUUCUUUUAGCGCGGGAAAAUCGUCCUGGCAAUACAGUUCGACUGUCGCUGCUCAUCUCUCAGAAUUUGGAGGAAAGCGCUCAAUCGGAGAGUGAAGAAGAGACGUGACACAUGGAGGGCAAUAGCGAGCUGGAAUUUCCAGCAUUCCCGUAUGAACCCUACUCAAUUCAGCUUGAUUUCAUGAAAUUCCUUUACCGAUCUCUUGAUAGUGGCGGCAUUUCCAUGCUUGAAAGUCCCACCGGGACUGGGAAAACCCUAAGCAUGAUAUGUGGUGCACUGCAAUGGCUUGUGGACAGGAAGAAACUGGGGAGUUUGGGAAAGAAUGGGAAGGAAAAUUUGGGUGAGGGUACUGAGGAUGACGAUGAGCCGGAUUGGAUGAGAUACUUUGUACCAAAUAAAGAGCCGGAUUUAGCUGAGAGGAAAAAUCUAAUGCAAAAGAGAAAAAAAGGGACUCAUUCAAAGGGAAAGGAAGAAAUUGUUAGAGACUUGUUUAGUUCUAGCGCAGGAGAAGGUGGAUGGGAAAAGGGUGAUGACAAAGAGGUGAGAAAUAUGAUGCCGAAAAUUGGGGUUGAUGAGGUGGAUGAUGAUGAGUUUUUGUUGGAAGAGUACGAUAGUGAAGGAGAAAAUGGUGGGAAAUUGAAAAGAAAGGAUGUUGGGGCAAAUUAUGUCUUCUCAAGUGAGGAAGAAGUGGAGGAGGAGGGGCUCGGUGAGGAGGAAGUGGAGGCACAAUUGAAGAUUUAUUUUUGUAGUCGGACACAUUCACAGCUUUCGCAGUUCAUGAAAGAGCUGAGGAAGACUAAAUUUGCUUCUGAGUUGAAGGUUGUUUGCUUGGGUUCUAGGAAGAACUUCUGCAUCAAUGAAGAUGUGCUGAAGCUGGGGAAUGCCACUCGUAUAAAUGAAAGGUGCUUGGAACUUCAGAAGAGUAAGAAAAAUGAAGUUUCUAAAAUGAAGAAGUUAGGUGCUGGAAAAAGGGUACGUGGUAACAAGGUUUCCUCUGGAUGUCCAAUGUUAAGAAGACGGAAAAUAGAGGAACUCAGGAAUGAGAUUAUUCAACUGGAAGCUCUGGAUAUUGAAGAUCUUGUUCAUAUCGGACGUAACUUGGGAAGUUGCCCUUAUUAUGGUUCAAGAAGAAUGGUGCAUAUAGCUGAUCUUGUGGUUCUUCCUUACCAGUCUCUUCUUUCAAAAUCAUCACGUGAAUCACUUGGUUUAAAUUUAAAGGACAGUGUUAUUAUCAUAGAUGAAGCUCAUAAUCUAGCUGAUACCCUCAUCAGCAUGUACGAUGCAAAAAUUACGGUGUCCCAGUUGAACCAGUUGCAGACUCACUUAGAUGGAUAUUUCCAGCGAUUCCGCAAUCUCUUGGGACCUGGAAACCGGAGAUAUAUUCAGACUUUGAUUAUCCUCACUCGUGCCUUUUUACAGAUGUUGUCUGAUAAUACGAAAGUUGUGAACCCGACUGAUCCCCCAUGUGAUGCUGACGAAAUUAAAAAUGCCUCUUGUUCUACAAUGACCAUCAAUGAAUUUUUAUUUGCUCUAAACAUUGAUAAUAUAAACUUGGUCAAACUUUUGCAAUACAUGACAGAGAGCAACAUAAUUCACAAGGUGAGCGGCUAUGGAGAUAAAGUUGCCAUCUCUCAAAAAGUUGUGGCUGUUGGAGAUGAUGGAGUAGUCAGUGAGGAGGAAAGUGCAGUAUCCGGUUUUAGAGCAUUAGCUAAUAUACUUUCCUCUUUGACAAAUAAUGACACUGAUGGAAUAAUAAUAAUCUCAAGACCGAAGCAAACAUGUAGUGGACUAGAAGGAGGAUAUCUAAAGUAUGUUAUGCUUAAUGGAGAGAAAAUCUUUUCUGAGCAGGUUGUUGGUCAAGCUCAUGCUGUCAUCUUGGCUGGAGGAACUUUACAACCUAUAGAGGAAACAAAGGAAAGACUUUUCCCAUCACUACAGCUAGACCGAUUGCCCUUCUUUUCAUGUGGUCACAUAAUUCCUUCUGAAAAUAUUUUGCCUGUUGUGGUUAAGCAUGGGCCUUCUGGCCAGUCCUUUGAUUUUAGCUACAAAUCCAGAAGAUCAUCAACCAUGAUUGAGGAGCUGGGUCUUCUGCUCUCUAAUCUAGUGACAGUUGUUCCAGAAGGUGUAGUUGUAUUCUUCUCAUCAUUUGAUUAUGAAAGCCUGGUCUAUGAUACAUGGAAGGAAUCAGGAAUCCUUUUAAGGAUUAUGAAGAAGAAACGCAUCUUUAGAGAGCCCAGAAAGACUACAGAUGUUGAAGCCGUGUUGAGAGAAUACAAAGAAACAAUUGAUGCUUUGUCCAUGGGAUCACCCAUGGGCUGCAAUGGUGCAAUUCUUUUUGCUGUUGUCGGGGGGAAGAUAUCUGAAGGUAUCAAUUUUAGUGAUGGGGCAGGUCGAUGCAUAGUAAUGGUUGGAUUGCCCUAUCCAAGCCCAUCAGACAUCGAGCUGAUAGAGAGGGUGAAGCAUAUUGAGGGUCUUGAGAAGACGACAAUCCUGAGUAAAAACCUGAACCCUUCCACUGAUGCUGAAUGUCAUAAUGGGGAUCUUGAGGCUGGGUUUAAGAUCCUUAAAAGUUGUAAAGGCAGAGGAAAAGAGUACUAUGAAAAUCUUUGCAUGAAAGCUGUAAACCAAUCAAUUGGCAGAGCAAUUCGACAUGUAAAUGAUUAUGCAGCAAUCUUGUUGGUUGAUGCACGUUAUGCCUCUGAUUCCACAAAAAGAAGCUGCCACCACUCAACUGACAAGCUGCCACAAUGGAUCAAAAGUCGUCUGUUUACUUCAACCCCCAAUUAUGGAGAAGUUCAUAGAUUGCUGCGACAGUUCUUCAAAUUCCACAAAAUGAAGGAAGCAACAGAUAAAGGUUUAAACAGCAAAAAAUGAUAAGAUAUAGCAGAAACAAUUAUAGGUAUACACUAAACACAGCUUCCAAUUUUCUCCUCUUCCAGCAACAAUUUUGGAAGUUCAUCUCUUACCCUUAUCUCAAAAUGAGUCCAAGUGGCAGAUUUU